CCCGCCCUUCCAGGCCGCCAUGGUGUCGUGUGGCGCUUUCCAGAGCUUCCUCUUCGAAUACGACACUCCCCGCAUCGUGCUGAUCCGAAGCCGCAAAGUGGGGCUCAUCAACCGCGGGGUGCAGCUCGCCAUCCUCGGCUACGUGAUCGGCUGGGUCUUUGUGUGGGAGAAAGGCUACCAGGAAACAGACUCAGUGGUCAGUUCUGUAACCACAAAGGUGAAAGGCGUAGCACUGACAGACACAUCCACCUUGGGAACCAGGAUCUGGGAUGUGGCUGACUAUGUCAUUCCUCCUCAGGAGAAGAACACUGUGUUUGUCAUGACCAAUGCAAUACUCACACUGAAUCAGAGCCAAGGCCGCUGCCCAGAGCUUCCAGAUGAUGAAACAGAGUGCAAGGUAGACAGCGACUGUGUUCCAGGAUAUGUCAGUUCUCACAGCAAUGGCAUCCAGACUGGGGAGUGUGUAUCAUACAAUGGCAGCAUUAAGACCUGUGAAGUCUUUGCCUGGUGCCCUGUGGAGGAUGACUAUCAUAUACCCAGGCCAGCAUUUCUGCGAGAAGCUGAGAACUUCACCCUUCUGGUGAAGAACAAUAUUUGGUACCCUAAGUUCAACUUCAGCAAGCGAAACAUCCUCCCUACAAUCAGUGCCACCUACCUGAAGAACUGCAUCUAUGACUCCCAGACUGAUCCUUUCUGCCCUAUCUUCCGUUUAGGGAAAAUAGUUGAAGCUGCAGGGCAGAACUUCCAGGAAAUGGCUGUGGAGGGUGGAGUCAUGGCACUGCAGAUCAAGUGGGACUGCAAUCUUGACAGAGCUGCUUCUCACUGUGUGCCAAAGUAUUCCUUCCGGCGCCUCGACAGCAAGGACUCAGGCCACACUGUCUCACCUGGCUACAACUUCAGGUUUGCAAAAUACUACAAGGACAGUCACGGCAACGAAUCGCGGACGCUCGUCAAGGCUUACGGCAUCCGCUUUGAUAUCAUAGUGUUUGGAAAGGCAGGAAAAUUUGAUGUAAUUCCUACCAUGAUUAACAUCGGCUCUGGCUUGGCGCUGUUUGGUGUGGCAACAGUGCUGUGCGACAUCGUUGUUCUGCACUGCAUGAAGAAGAAAUACUACUAUCGGGAGAAGAAAUACAAAUAUGUGGAGGAUUAUGAACUGGGAAUUGAUGAGACAUAUGGAACAAACUCCUGACCUGCUGCAAUGGUACCAACUGCUGCUGUGAACUGCUGCUGUGAACAGUUUCUCUGACCCUAUGGUGAGACCCUCCCCUGCUUCAGAAAGCAGGGAACAAACCUGAGAAAGGGACCUUCUUCACUCCUGUUCACUGCUGCUAGUAGCUGAAAAGAACUGGGUGCUCCUUGUCUGCUGUCUUUCCAGGUUAAUUGCACUAAGCGCAGGGGGAGGAUUGUGCUUUUAUUUCAGGCCUCUGCACCAGCUAAGCCUGGGACAGGGACUGCUCCACUUUGUCACUUUGACAGUCCUCCUGUCCCUGAGCUCACUGGUAGCAGAGAGCACAGGCUAAUGGGCACAGAUCCUUUCUUACACCGAGUAUAGCUCCUGCUAGGUGUUGCCUAACCUUGGGAAAGCAGCUCCUUGCUGUUGUCAGAUCACUCUUCCUUGCCCUGAAGGAUUGUGAUGCUUAGCUGAGCCUGUGCUUACUCUUUAACUGCGUCUCCAAGCUCCAGUGGCCACAGACCAAGGCAAAGUGGUGUUGGCUCCAUUGUGCUAUGGUAAAUGGCUUACUGGGUAGAGAAUAUUUUUCUGCUUUGUCUCUG